AUGGCACAUUAUUCUGGUUCUCAAACACCUGCUGGUACAAAAAGAUCAUCGUAUACUGGUGCAAAGACUCAUCCGACAUUCGAUGACGACUCCAAUUCUGAAGUGGAAGGUGAGAACGAUCUUGAUAAUGAUUAUCCAGUUAUUCGAGAUGUACCAUUUUAUCAUAGUCAACAACGUCCUUCGCAUAAUUCUAAAUCGAAUCGCAGCCGAACUUCUGAUGAAUAUUAUACGCCACAACUGAAGAAAAAACGUGGUUCUAAAGCAUCCGAUCGUUUGUCAUUUGAUCCAUGGAACUUAUUUGGUAAACAAUUAGAAGAAAUAAAGAUGGCGGUAUCCGAUGUCGGUCGAAAAGUGGAUCUGAUGGCGCAGCAAGAAACAGAAGUUGGAAAACAGCUUGGAAAUGUAGAUAAAAGAAUUACUGGACUAGCUCGACAAAUAUACAAGCCUUCAACUCGGUUUGAAGUACCAAGAGAAGUACCAAAAGUGAUGUAUGGCGGACAAAAUUUAUUAGCUGGUGCCAUCGAGCCUACUCCAGGUGGUUUAAUGAAACAACUCGUCAAUGCUUUAUUUACAAAAGACGAAAUUAUACUUGGCCACCACGACCAAAUAGUGUUAGUGUUAAUAGGUUGUAAUUAUUUUGGUGUUUUAGAAGCUGUAAAGAAAUAUUUCUUUAGUGAUGACGAUGAAAAUUUUAAAACUUUUUGGGACUGUGAUGGAAAGAUCACUCGUGGCAAUCAAAAACGAGGUCGUGCUCAUCGAGAAAAAAAGUAAAUAGUUGGCGUAUCUAUUUUCACAUAAUAUAAUAUUUUAUUUUUAUCAAAGGAACAAUUUGGAAAAGCAGCCACAGAUGCAGUUAAAUACCACAGCUUCAGAUAGAAAUGAUGAUAAUCAAAACAAAAAUUAACACAAGCAACACAUAAUGACUCAAAGAACAAAGUGAGAUUUUUAAAAAGUUUAAUUUUGUUAUUGUUAUUAGGAAAUCAUGGCUCGAUCGAAAUUCUUUUUUCUCUACAUAUUAUUAUGUAUCACAUUUUUUUCUCUUCUUAUUCUCUCGAACAUGUAACUGAAAACGACAUUUUCCGGGUGAAAUCUAUGUGAAAUUAUAUUUUUCUUCAGAUAUUAGUUGUUUUUUAUUGCUGUUGAUUUUUUUUGUGAUGCCUUUAAGUGAUUUUCAUUAGCAUUUUUGACUGUACUUAUAUGUGUGAACACGUUUUUUUUGUAACAUGAAACAAUUCGAAAUAAAUAAUGGAUCGGAUUAUUUAUGAAUGAGGCUUAUGAAUUUGAAUGAUCAUUUAUACUACCAAUAAAAAGAGACGCCUGAAUGUGUGUGCCAUUAGCGUGCUUAUGCAUUUCGCACGCGUACAGAACGAAUAAAGAAUGCGUUCGGAACGUGAUGCACGCGUUCGCAACUACUUAUUCCGUACGCGUUCGCGUUGUGCGUGGCGCACGCGUUUUUUCUCCGUUCCUCUCGACCUGGGUGCAUCUCGCUCUAUCUUUCGUUGAUUUUUUCCUAUUGGUGGAGUAAUACGCUCCAAUGAACUUUUUUCCUUUCUUCUCGAUCGAUGCUUAAAUUGACGAAUGGGGAACACGGUUGACGAAAACAAAAAAAAUUUCUUAUUGUUCUUUCUCGUUCGAAUAGGCUGGUACUCACGAGUGAAUUCUUUUCCUUUUCCUCUACAUUAAAGUGCACAAAAUGGAAAUUUUGUAACAUUUAUGAAAAGAUGUCGCUAUUAUCCUUUCCGUGCUGACCGUUAAUAAUCAAAGUGCCGUACAACACAAGAAAAAAACUGUAAUAGGGUUCUCAAACUUUAGAGAGGGUAAAAGCCGCCAGUUUCACAGUUCGACUGCAGGAAGAAAACAUUUAUUUGUAUUUUUUGUUUUUAUCCAUAUUGCAUUGUAUCAUCAUGACUUGGAUUUGCCCUUUAGGAGGGGAUCCAAAGGCGGAAUUUGGUCAAAAGGGUGUCCAUUCGAUAGAGCUCGACGAGAUCUAUCUUGGUCCGUAGAGUAUAGGCUUUGGUCCCAACUGUGGGCGAAUCCAGGUGCGAAAUACCUUGGAAACCCAGACUCUGACUUGGAUUUGCCCUUUAGGAGGGGAUCCAAAGGCGGAAUUGGGUGAAAAGGGUCUCCAUUCGAUAGAGCUCGACGAGUUCUAUCUUGGUCCGUCGAGUAUAGGCUUUGGUCCCAACUGUGGGCGAAUCCAGGUGCGAAAUACCUGAGAAACCCAGAUUGCGACCUGGAUUUGCCUUUUAGGAGGGGAUCCAAAGGUGGAAUUGAGUCAAAAGAGUGUCCAUUCGAUAGAGCUCGACGAGUUCUAUCUUGGUCCGUAGAGUAUAGGCGUUGGUCCCAACUGUGAGCGAAUCCAGGUGCAAAAUAUCUGAGAAACCCAGAUUCUGACUUGGAUUUGCCCUUUAGGAGGGGAUCCAAAGGUGGAAUUGAGUCAAAAGGGUGUCCGUUCGAUAGAGCUCGACGAGAUCUAUCUUGGUCCGUAGAGUAUCGGUUUUGGUCCCAACUGUGGGCGAAUCCAGGUGCGAAAUACCUGAGAAACCCAGAUUCUGACUUGGAUUUGCCAUUUAGGAGGGGAUCCAAAGGCGGAAUUGGGUGAAAAGGGUGUCCGUUCGAUAGAGCUUGACGAGUUCUACCUUGGUCCGCAGAGUAUAGGGUUUGGUCCCAACUGUGGGCGAAUCCAGGUGCGAAAUAUCUUGGAAACCCAGGUUCUGACUUGGAUUUGCCAUUUAGGAGGGGAUCCAAAGGUGGAAUUGAGUCAAAAGGGUGUCCAUUCGAUAGAGCUCGACGAGCUCUACCUUGUUCCGUAGAGUAUAGGCUUUGGUCCCAACUGUGGGCGAAUCCAGGUGCGAAUUACCUGAGAAACCCAGGUUCUGACUUGGAUUUGCCCUUUAGGAGGGGAUCCAAAGGUGGAAUUGAGUCAAAAGGGUGUCCGUUCGAUAGAGCUCGACGAGUUCUAUCGAUCCAUGUGAUUUUCAGCGUUUGGUCCCACGUGGAAUCGAAAAUCGGGCAAGAUUUAUCGGAAAAACCUGGUUUUCGAGAUAUAUUAGGGUUUUGGGGGGCAAUAAAGUAUUUUGAAAGCCUAGAAAGACAAGCAUUGGAUAGAGCUCAUCAAGUUCUAUCUUUUGGUAUAGUUUUCAAGCUUUGGUC